UUUCGCAACGCGUGUUCCUUUUGCGAAUGUUUUCGUACAGAUCGCCUGUCUAAUUCAGUAUUUGUAUAAAAUACUACAGCCAGCAGAAUGUUGAUGCCAAAAAAGCACAGAGUUCUGAUUUAUGAGCAUCUAUUCAAGGAAGGCGUUCUAGUCGCCAUUAAAGACCCGUUUCUGGACAAACACCCAGAGCUCGAGUCGGUGCCAAACCUGCAUGUAAUGAAAGCAUGCCAAUCUUUGAAAUCUAGAGGUUACGUGCGUGAAAACUUCACAUGGCGCCAUUACUACUGGAUUCUGACGAACGAAGGCAUUCAAUACCUCCGUGAUUUCCUUCACCUUCCCCCAGAGAUUGUUCCCUCAACUUUGAAGAGGCAACCACGUCCCACAGACACCAGGAUGCAACGACAGAAGGUCGAGUCUCGCCCUGCCUACCAGAGCGACCGGGAAUCGUACCGUCAUGCCCCACAAGGUGCAGGAGACAAGAAAGCAGAAGCUGGAGCAGGAACUGGAGGAUUCGAUUUCCGAGGAGCUGGAUAUGGACGAGGAAGAGGUGCUGCACCUCCACAGUAAACUAAUCUUGCUGGAGUUCAACACAAUUUCAAAUUGGGACACGGAAAUAUCUGUUAAAUUUGUAUGUUUUCUAUGUUGACGGAUCGCAGAAAUAUGUGACAUCUGUUUAAUUUGUGUGUUGUCUAUGUUUAUGUGCGCGAAUUGCAUAGAUAUAUUUGUGAAAUUUGUAGCGUAGAUUUGACUGUAUUUCUGUGUCCUAAAUUGCUUUAAUAAAUUGUGUUGUGUUUCAUUGCA